GAAGAGCCUUCCUGUGCCUGUAUGUUUAUAGGGAUUUCUUUUUCCUGUCCUAUAUGCUUCAAGGAGCUGGCUCUGUUUUCUGACAAAGGGGAUUGGGAGCCACUGGAUCCUGAGCAAAGAGGCCUGCAAGGGGAAAUCAUGCUGGGGAAUUCAAGGAAUGUGGCUUUUCUGGCAGAUGAUGGGCAGGAGAAGAAGAAUAAUGAAAAAUCAACUAUGUUGCAUUUGCAAACAAUCAAGCAUGAACUACAAGAAGAGGUGUUUCAAAAUCAGUGGGGAUCGAAAAGACCUGAAGAAAACAGAUCAAGUAACAGCAGGGAAAAAUCAUCUACUUCUCAAAGUGCAGAAAUUCAUGGCUAUCCAGUUGAACAUCAAAAAGGAAAUAAAAGAGAAAAGCGUCUAGAGCAUGGGAAAACAUUCAAAGAUAAAUCUGAUUUAAGUAAACGCUACAGAACCCAGACAAAAGAGAAACCAUAUGAAAUAGAACAUGGAAAAAAUUACGAUCAGAGCUUCUCUUCUAAUUUAUAUCGAAACAUGUCCUCAGGAAAGAAACAAUAUAAAUGCAUGGAAUGCGGAAAAAACUUCAACCAUUCAAGUUCCCUUACUACCCAUAAAAGGAUCCACACAGGCGAGAAACCAUUUAAUUGUACAGUGUGUGGAAAGAGCUUCAGUAUGAGCAGUUCCCUUAUAUCCCACAAAAGGAUACACACGGGGGAGAAGCCAUAUAAAUGCAUGGAGUGUGGAAAAAACUUCAGUGGCUUGAGUUCAUUUACUUCCCAUAAAAGGAUCCACUCCGGAGAGAAACCAUAUAAAUGCACGGAGUGUGGGAGGAGCUUCAGGGGCUUGAGUUCAUUUACUUCCCAUAAAAGGAUCCACUCCGGAGAGAAACCAUAUAAAUGCACGGAGUGUGGGAAAGACUUUCGUAAGAGCGAUCAUCUUACUAUCCAUAAGAGGAUCCACACAGGGGAGAAGCCAUACAAAUGCAUGGAAUGUGGAAGGAGCUUUACUCGCAACAGUCAACUUACUUACCAUAAAACAAGGAUCCAUUCAGGGGAGAAACCAUAUAAAUGCUUGGAGUGUGGAAAAAGCUUUAGUGGUUUGAGUUCAUUUACUUCCCAUAAAAGGAUUCACUCAGGAGAGAAACCAUAUAAAUGCUUGGACUGUGGAAAGAGCUUCAGCAUGAGCAGUAAUCUUACAUCCCACAAGAGGACCCACACAGGGGAGAAACCAUAUACAUGCCUGGAGUGUGGAAAGAGCUUCAGCAUUAGUAGUUCACUUAUUUCCCACAAGAGGAUCCACACAGGGGAGAAACCAUAUCAAUGCUUGGAUUGUGGAAAGAGUUUUAGUAUGAGCAGUAACCUUACAUCCCACAAAAGGAUCCACACAGGAGAGAAACCAUAUAAAUGCCUGGAUUGUGGUAAGACCUUCAGUAAAAGCAGUUACCUAACUUCUCAUAAGAGGAUCCACACAGGGGAGAAACCAUAUCAAUGCAUGGAGUGUGGAAAAAGCUUCAGGGGAUUGAGUUCCUUCACUUCCCAUAAAAGGAUCCACUCGGGGGAGAAACCAUAUAAAUGUAUGGAGUGUGGAAAGAGCUUCAGUAUGAGCAGUUCUCUUACUUCUCAUAAAAGGAUCCACACCGGAGAGAAACCAUAUAAAUGCAUAUUGUGUGGAAAGAGCUUCCGCAAGAGUGAUAAUCUUACAUGCCAUGUGAGAAAACACACAGGGGAGAAACCAUAUAAAUGUAUGGAGUGUGGAAAGAGCUUCAGUACCAGUAGUGAUAUUACUUCCCACAAAAGGACUCACUCAGGGGAGAAACCGUAUAAAUGUCUGGAGUGUGGAAAAAGCUUCAGGGGAUUGAGUUCCUUUAUUUCCCAUAAAAGGAUCCACUCAGGAGAGAAACCAUAUAAAUGUAUGGAAUGUGGAAAGAGCUUCAGUAUGAACAGUUCUCUUAAUUCUCAUAAAAGGAUCCACACACGGGAGAAUCCAUAUAAAUGUAUGGAGUGUGGGAAGAACUUCAGUAAGAGUGGUCACCUUGCUUCUCAUAAAAGAAUCCACACAGGAGAGAAACCCUAUAAAUGUCUGGAGUGUGGGAAAAGUUUUAGUGGCCUGAGUUCCUUUAAUUCCCAUAAAAGAAUCCACUCAGGGGAAAAACCAUAUAAAUGUAUGGAAUGUGGGAAGAGCUUCAGCAUGAGUAGCUCUCUUACUUCUCAUAAAAGGAUCCACACAGGAGAGAAACCAUACAAAUGCGUGGAGUGUGGAAAGAACUUCAGUAAGAGCAGUUCCCUUACUUCUCAUAAAAGGAUCCAUACAGGGGAGAGACCAUAUAAGUGCAUGGAGUGUGGAAAGAGUUUCAGUAUGAGCAGUAACCUUACUUCUCAUAAAAGGAUCCACUCUGGGGAGAAGCUGUACAAAUGCUUGGAGUGUGGAAAGAACUUCAGAUGGAGCAGCCGUCUGAUUUCCCAUAAGCGGAUUCACUCAGGGGAAAAGCCAUAUAAAUGUUUGGAAUGUGGAAAGAGUUUCAGUGGCUUGAGUUCCUUUAAUUCCCAUAAAAGAAUCCACACAGGGGAGAAACCGUACGAAUGCAUAGAGUGUGGAAAGAGUUUCAGUACAAGUAGUGCCCUUAUUUCCCACAAAAGGAUCCACACAGGAGAGAAACCAUAUAAAUGUAUGGAGUGUGGAAAGAGCUUCAGUAAAAGCAGUUCUCUUACUUCCCAUAAACGGAUCCACACAGGAGAGAAACCAUACACGUGCCUAGAAUGUGGAAAAAGCUUCAGUAUGAGUAACAUACACCUGCAGGAAGCAUCCCUCUCCAAGGCAUUCGUAGCAGGAGGAGGCUUAGCGUUUGUGCCGUGGAAUGUCUGGUACCAGAGUUUGGAGUCAGCAAGAACUCGAUAUAGUUCGUAUACGAUUUUGUGGACAGAGCCCCAGGUGAAGCAGAAAAGGAUUUGCCUGCAGGAUCCGCUAGGUGGCGCCUCCUCGCAAACGACCUCGCCUGCCCGGUCAGCCAAAGGCGCGCCGCAGAGUCUGGCUGGGGAGGCGUCUCGCCGGGACUUGGAAGAGCGGGCCGGGGAGGGACACCCCCAGCCUAGGGAGACGCGCGCGCGCGCGCUCCCUCCGGGUCCGGGGACAGAGAGGGCGCGGGGGGUCCUCGUGCAGAAGGAACGCGCGCGGGAAGCCGCAUCUGCUCCGCCAGCCACCCGGGGUCGCGCUCGCGGGGGCCGCGAGGAAGCCAAGCCCGGACCCUCCGCCAGGACCUCGGUCGCGAUCGGGGGAGUCCCGGCGGGGAAAGCCCGUCGUCGUCGUGGCUGCUGCUUUCCCCAGCUGGCGCCCGGCAAGAGAAGCCCUUCCUUCUUCGGAUCUUUCGUUGGCGUUUCCGUUGGGUCGCAGCGACAGGAUGGAAAGGCAGGUCCCGAAGCUGCGGAAGCGAAGGCGGCCCUUGAGAAGCCCUUCCUUACUCGGUACCUGUAA